AUGCUUAAGCCAGAAAAGUGGCAGGCUACCUUUGAUAUUGAAGGAAAAAUGAUGGGUUUCCAAAAAGUUCUGAAAUUGAUUAUAUUGGGGGGUGUGGAUCCAUCUAUAAGGCCGGAAGUAUGGGAAUUCCUUUUGGGCUGUUAUGCUUUGAGCAGCACUACUGAAUAUCGAAGGCAAUUGAGGACUGCCAGGAGGGAACGUUAUAUGGACCUAAUUAAGCAAUGUCAAUCGAUGCACUCAAGCAUAGGAACUGGUUCCCUUGCCUAUGUUGUAGGUUCUAAAGUCAUGGAUAUGAGAACGAGUUUCAAAGAUGAUGGGAUAAGGGAAGAUGAAGACCAAAGCAGACAUAUUUCUGAAGCCAGUGCUGACAAAGUAGAUAAUAUUAACUGUGUUUUGGAUUGCAACUAUACAGAAAAAUCACAUACAUGUAGAAGGGAAAGCUCUGGUGACUCUAAUGACAUUGUAAGUGUAAGAGCUAGCGAGCAAGGAGCAUAUGAUUACUCUGGUCUUGUACCUUCUUCUGGUUCUUACAACUUCACGUCCCCGGCUGAGCUUGAAGCUGAGGGACCACAAUAUGUAACUGAAAGCUAUUUGGAUUUCCCUCCUUUACCAGUUACAAAUUUAUUUGAAAAGAGUGACAAAAAUAAAAAAGAACCUAGGUUAUGCGAUGACAGACAUUCGACACGACGUAAAUUGAAAUUUGGGGAUGAGCAUAUGUACACUUUUCAAAUUGACAGCAAUGCAGAUCUAGUUGUGGAGUCAAAUGAUACCCCAUCUAAUGAGGACUCUCUACCUCCUAACUCUGAAAGUGAAAAGAUUCACCGGGAUGUGCACGGAUCACUUUCGCCAUCAAAUAAUCUGGAAUUUGAAUCAGAAAUGCUUAAGAGGCUUAGAAUAUCAGACUCACCAGAAAUACCAGCCAAGAAUGCAAUCACAUCUCGUGGAGGGGUUGCCAGUGGAGACAGAGUGUCUGAAUGGCUUUGGACACUGCACCAAAUAGUUGUUGAUGUAGUUAGAACGGACAAUCAUCUCGAAUUUUAUGAGGACACAAAAAAUUUGGCUCGAAUGUCAGAUAUUCUUGCUGUCUAUGCAUGGGUUGAUCCUGCAACAGGAUAUUGCCAAGGCAUGAGUGAUCUACUUUCCCCCUUUGUUGUUCUUUUUGAGGAUAAUGCUGAUGCUUUUUGGUGCUUCGAGAUGCUCCUAAGGAGAAUGCGGGAAAACUUUCAGAUGGAAGGACCUACUGGUGUAAUGAAACAGUUGCAGACGCUAUGGCACAUAUUAGAACUUACAGAUAGGGAAAUGUUUUCUCACUUGUCCCAAAUAGGCGCUGAGAGCCUUCAUUUUGCCUUCCGUAUGCUGCUUGUACUCUUCCGCCGCGAAUUGUCUUUCAGUGAUGCCCUUCGUAUGUGGGAGAUGAUAUGGGCCGCUGAUUUUGAUGAAUCCUUAGCUUGUAACCUGGAUGAAAAUUGCCCAGAAGUAUUGCUUAUACGGAUACCAAAGGAAACAGAGGCUGAAUCAGGAGAAGAAAGCGUGGAUAGUAACGGUGGUGGUCCAUUGAAACAUAAUUCUGUAGAACGCUCCAUCUCUGACAACAGCGGGAUGGCAUCAGCAUCGGCUAGACCGUUUUGUGGCUUGACAAAGAAUUUCUGGUCAAGGAAUGACCGUCUGCAAAUUCGUACGGUUAUGUCAUCAAGGAAUGGAGAUGAUGAGUUACCUGUUUUCUGUGUAGCAGCCAUUCUUAUUAUGAACCGACAGAAAAUUACUAAAGAAACUCGUUCAAUUGAUGACCUAAUAAAGAUAUUCAAUGAUAAUUUGUUAAAGAUCAGAGUCAAGAGCUGUGUUCAUAGUGCUAUCAAACUGCGAAAGAAGUACAUUUACAAGAUGAUCAAGAGUAGGACUCCAGCUCAGAACAGCAAUUAA